AUGUCUUGGAUAAGAGUUGGAGCACAGAGCAGAGCUUUGGUCAUCAUAUUUGGCAUUCUCUGCUUGCUUUUACAAAGUGAAGAAGCCCACCAUGGAACUGAAUACGUAGUGGCAGAUAACAAAGGUUGGGACCUGUAUCCUGAGGCAUCCAAUUGGGGGAAAGACAAGCACUUCACGGCUGGAGAUGUCUUGGUUUUCAAAUAUAGCAACCCAUUAUUUAGCAUGGCGGCUGUGGAUGCAAAAGGGUACCAAAGUUGUAGUGCAAAAAGCCAUCUUAAGAAGUUAUACAACUCUGGGGACGAUCAUGUGGUGUUAAAGAAGGGUCAAAACUACUUUAUUUGUAAUGUUACAGAUUACUGUGGAUAUGGAAUGAGAAUUGCUGUUCAUGCAGAGUGA